AUGACGAUCAAAACUGGCUGUUCAGCUGCAAUGGUCGCCCUAGAUUCGGCAUGUAAAGCCCUCGCCAGCGGCGACUGUGAAUCGGCUAUCGUCGGCGGUACAAAUUUGAUCCUUAGUCCCGCCCUCUCUUGCGUACUGGGCGCCCAUGGAGUGAACUCGGGUGAUGGACGUUGCCGCUCUUUCGAUGCCAAUGCAUCCGGCUAUGGCAGGGCUGAGGCUGUCUCGUCGAUCGUAGUUAAGAAGCUUGAUGACGCUCUGCGGGAUGGCAAUCCCAUCAGAGGUAUUAUCCGCUCGACUGUCUGCAACGACGAUGGAAAGACACCCGGUAUCACACAGCCAAACACUGAAGCACACGAGGCAUUGAUGCGCGCAGCAUACGCAGCAGCUGGCUUUUCCGAGGAUGAAUACUGCCAAACGGCGUUUUUCGAGUGCCAUGGAACGGGCACUCCAGUUGGUGACCCAAUCGAGGCCAGCGCUGUGGCCCGGGUCUUCGGAAAGGAGGGUAUGAUUAUUGGAUCGGUGAGGAGCUCUUAUUGA